AUGGGGAUUCUUUGUGUGAUGCAAGGCAAACAUAAGAUAGGGUUGGAUUUUAAAAUUCGCUGCGUCCAAGUGGGCGACAGAUUAGUCAAAAUUCAACUGUGGGACACCUCGGGACAGGAGCGGUUCCGGUCAAUGACUCAGGCUUACUAUCGGGGAGCCGCUGGGGUCAUGCUGGUCUAUGACAUCACAGAGGAAACCACGCUAAAAGGACUGACUGGCUGGUUGGAGGAUAUCAAAAAGUACGCCCCGGAAGACGUAGACAUCAUCAUUUUGGGGAACAAGUGUGACGUGGUUGAGCAACGAGUUGUCUCACGAGAAGAAGGCGAAGAGUUUGCGAGGAAUCGGGGCCUGAAAUUUUUCGAGACAAGUGCAAAUGAAAACACGAAUAUAACAGAGGCCUUCGAAGCAAUGGCAGUUCUUCUUGCUAGCAAAGUUACAGAGACCAGGAAACGAGUCAACAGUGUCGCCAUUACGUCACCUGCACAGGCCAAUGGUAACGCCUCCAGACCCCAUGGUCCAGGUCCUAUGAGGCCCAAAUGUGCUUGCUAGCAGAUGAGGAAGGGUUGUAAGACAAAUUCCGUUACCUUCCUGUGGAACUUUGAGCCACAAGCUGGACUGAGAGAGAACGAAAUUUUCUUAGCAAAGGAGACUCGGUUAAUCGGAACUUAACUCCACUGGUUCUCGAGCAACUACUAAAUGCAGGCAUUACCAUCACAUCGCUACCAACAAAAUGACCACUCCCGACCAAUAUGGGUCUUUUCAACCGAUGAGGGGGUGCUUCUGCUCGAAGUGGAUACUGAUAUUGACGAGGACAGAAACAGUGACAAGACUUUAAACUUAUUUACUGCACCCGUACUGGCAUCAGGGCUAUGUAAAUUUAGGAUCAAGGCUGGAGUAGGUGGCUACGCCCCUUGCUAGGCUAGUACAGAGACGUAGACGCGUAAUUCGUCCAUGUUUCACCCCAUAGAAACCCCAUGCCACAACUCUGCAAAAGCUAGUAUUCGCUCUUGGCACGCUGCCACCAUAGGCAUGCAGAGCCUCGAUCUGGCGCUUUACACAAUAAAACAGCCGGUUCAGUUAUUCCUGUGUAUGUUGCUUAUGUAAUUUUGCGCGUGCUGCGUUAGUUCUUACACCAUGCAAUUGGACAAAGCGAUUCUCACGCGAUUGUACAAGCUGCCUAUUCGAGACUUUGUAUGCCAAUGGCGGCAGCGUGCAAAGAGCGAAUACUGCUGAGAACAUUGUUCUUUAAAAAGUAAUCAAUAUUCUCAGGAGAAUGGACGUGACUAAUGCCCAGGCGAGGUCACUACUAUCCGUUCUCCUGAGUAAAGCCUUAUUCAUUCCCAUGCAUAAAUACCUUUUUAUUCAGAGGGUCAAAAGAGGUACACAUAUGGAUUUCAAACGAUUUUGUUCUAAACUUUUACUUUCAUUAUCCUGUACACCCCCGUACAUUUCUUGGUACAUUAAUUUUAAAGUUGUCCAAUAGAUCCCCCUUCUAAUCAAUUAACUUGGCUGGUGUGGCGCUUGGCGUGCACACGGACUCCUGCCUGACCAAUCAGAAGCGAUUAAACUGUCUCGUGUCAAUGUGAUUGCGCGUGAUUUAUGCUAGCGUUAUCACUUCUCAGCGGGCAUUAUCAAAUGUUAAUACGCGGUCACGUGACGCGUUUUGACCAAUAGGAAUAGAAAAACUGUCCCAGGUAUUAAUGAAUGGCGUCUAGUACUCGUUGUCAUUCACAGUUUUGGAUUUCAGCGUGGGUUAAAUGCAUCCAGUUAUGACUGUGAUCCAGUCGAUUUUUACUGCGUAUGCGUACACAUGAAGUGACUACAGUUUCAGUACAUGUACUUGACGUGUAACAGUAAUGCAAAUUAAGUUGGUGACAAUUCAAUGUGGAAUACACUGAACAUUUUUGGAGAGAUGUUGGUCUAAAAAGUAUUUUUGUCGUAUAGUAGUGUUAAAAGUUCAGCUUAGAAAGCUAAAUAUGCUAUUGAUUCUUAUACUACAUUUAUUAUGGUGCAUAUCUAUAGUGGUAUUCACAACGAGGCCAAGAUGGCGGCUGAACUGACCAUGCUAAACUUGAUCACUCAUGUCAAUAUUACAUACAAUAAUAAGUUUUGUACAGCACAGCAAAUGUAUUUUAGCUGUUUUCCACCGAAAGACAAAAGUACAGAAUUAAUGUUAAAGAAAUGUGGCGAGGGUCAUUCUUCAAAUACUGCAAUAAUACGCGUAGUCGAUUUUUUCAUUUUAAAGUAACGUGCUGGUUGACUUUUUUAUAGUGAGAAUUGUAUCUGGUAGUGAAGAGAGUGCGCUGCUGAAAAAGUUCAAAGUUGUCUUUUUUACGUGAUUAUUGUUUUCAUGUUGUAAGCUGAAGUUGUAUUUACAUAAUACAAUGCAUUCGUUUUUAUAUUUUGUAUAAAUAAGACAUUUGGAAUAUGGGAAACGAUUCUCUAAGGCUGAAAGCCAAGCUGAACAUUGCAAUGCUAUUUUAAUUAAUAAACCAAAAUAAACACUUUUC